AUGGUCCAUAGUAAGUGUCCUCGACAAGCUAGAUAGUUAUUGUGACAUGGUGCUAAAAUGCUUAGCCGACAUAUCCAGUACCUCCCCGAGGCCCACGCCUCGGUGAUAGGGGCUGAACGACUAGAUACUAAAUAUCCAGGCAACUAGUUAACCUACCGCAGUGUGUGGUUCAAAGAGUCUACUUUCAGCCUUACUCGGGUAUAGCACCUAAGUCGAUACUGUGUGUACCAGGUACCUUGUAUGUAGGUACACCUCGGCAUCCAGCAGAUAUCGUGCAUGUAGCUGUGGAGGUACAUACAAUAACGACCUCCCCUGAGGUAGGUAAGUACUUGCCUAUACCGAAGCCUCAGGUCAGCUGGCAAGCUAGAUGAGGCAUACCUUUUCGUAGAGUUCCUAAAAUGCGUCUGUUUCGACUUGUUCCCAUCCUUCCUCACCCUUUAUCUGCCUGCCUACUAUUUGUCUAUUUCUCAUCUCUCAAUUCCAGGCACAAAGUCAUGCUACCUCGUAUCACACAAAAGCUACCAAUCAAUCCUGAGAUCCUUCCAAAACGUGGGGAAGAAUUGCGGCUGAAGCACCCACUGCCUUAUCGUUUAUGAUAACUUGACCACCUACCUAUUGUUAUUCCUCUCUGCUGAUUCCUAAUUGAAUGCCUUCCAGUAUGGAUAGGAGUUCUGGUAUGCCCGAUAUCAUUGUCUCGACGUCUGAUGAAAUGGAUCACGAAUCUCCAGAUCAAAAGGGCAAAGGCAAAGCUGUCUUGUCAAGCCAGGACCCCGGAUUCGUAUCGCCUGAGUUGUUGAAUAAAGAGCACACUGUCGACUGGACUCAAUAUGCCCCUCCAGCAGGGCUCAAGGACAUGGCUGGUUCUGAUUCGGAACUGAUUGCGCAAGUCUUACAAGAAUCCAUCGACAGAGUUCAAGCUCGAAUCGCCGAAGAAGAAGAAAGACGCGUAGCAGAGCGAGAAGCAGAGAAAUCGAGGCAAGAAGAGAAACUUCAUCAAGAACAAGAACAAGAAGAUGAUAUGGCUACAUAUGUGCCAUCAUUGGAGGAGAAGCCAAGUGAACGAGGCCCCAUCGCGGCCUUGACAGGGCUGAGUGAGAAUUCGAGCAAGGCCCUCGCACCGCAGCGGCCCGUCAAAUCGAAAAAGAAUUCGUUGAUGAAUAUCCUACGGCGAUGGAACAAUAUUGUUGAGUGGGGCGAGUCAAGCGCAACUGGAGCAGCCCGUCAUAAGCCUGGUGAUUCUCAGAGUAGCUUCGAAUGGACUACACAAACCACGAAGAAACGAUUCGUCCCUGGAAUUUUGAAGAAGACAUCGACAGAGAGUAGUAGUAGUAGUCCCCAUUCCUCGAUAAAUGAGGCUCAAGUUGAAUGUGUCUCAUGUCUUGAUGACUUUAACCCCAAUGACAUGAUCAAAGGUCCUUGUCACAGUUACUGCAAGCCUUGUUUCAUACGCCUCAUAAAUGUCAACUGUGAAAAUGAGCAACAAUGGCCACCGAAGUGCUGUUUGAACCUGAUCCCUGCGAGCACUAUAAUCUCAAAUGUCGACAAUGAACUGAGGCAGAUAUACCGUGACAGAGCUGCUGAGUGGGACCUACCGAUUAGCGACCGCGUGUACUGCAGUACAUCAAACUGUAGCAUCUGGAUUCGACCAAACGAGAUCAACCAUGCUGACAAUCUCGCAAGGUGCGCAGCAGGCCAUCGGACUUGCACAAUCUGCCGCGGUGCUCCCCACGAAGGGACGGAAAACUGCCCACAGGACAGAGAUAUGAUGAGGACGGAUGAGCUCGCGGAAGAGGAAGGAUGGAAGCGUUGCUAUGGAUGCCGUGCAUAUGUAGAGCAUAGAGAGGCAUGCCAGCACAUGACAUGUCGAUGUGGCGCCGAGUUCUGCUAUGUAUGCGGAUUGCCCUGGCGAACCUGUGGUUGUUCCAUGGAACAACUAGUCGCCGUCAAAAGGGACGCAGCUACACGACGCCAAGAGAGGGAAGAGAGAGAAGCCCGGGAAGAAGCCGAAGCCCAGGAAGCUAUACGAUUGGUGGAGGAAUUCGAACGGGAAGAGGCGCGCAAGGCCGAGCUAUUACGAGUAGAACAGGAACGAUUGGCUGAAGAGCGCCGACAAAGGGAACUCGAAGAAAGGAUUCGGCGCGAGGAGGAGAGAAGAUGGGCAGUUGCAAGCAAAUUUCGAGGCAUCCGGGAAAUACUCGCGAAUAUACACGAACUACAACGAGCCAUCAUACAACGUGACCACAUUUCGGAACAAAUAAGGCUUGGAGAAGAGGGCACCGCAUCGCUCGAGAAGCUCCGGGCAGAUCAGAGAGCAGAUCGCGAGGAGCUCGAUGCCUCCACCAAGACUGAAAUUAGCAUACGAGAAAUGAACCUUCGAAAUGAGUACGCGCGUCGCGUAAUGGCGGAGCGCAGGAUCGAGAAUGAGUACCAUGCUAGAUUGAAGACCUACUGGGCCAGCAGAAAGGAUGGAGACGCUAAAAUUGAGGAUGCGAUGAAGAAGUUGAAACUCAAGAUGGACGCUAGGUUCAGCAAGUGGGAGAAAUGGAGGAAUACUGACCUAGACAACUAUCGCUGGAGCGUCACGGAACAACAGGAGAUCCAGGAGGAGCUCAUGGAGGAGAGAGAGCGUAGGUUGGUGGUAAGCACACGGGAAGAGCUCGUGAUGUUUUCAUUACGCAAGGUUGCAGAGCUUCGGUGGGUGGACGUUGUGAUGGAAGAACGCGAAAAGAUGCUCGCUGAUAUGGAGGAGGAUGAAGUUGAGAAUGGGGAGGAUAUCGAUGCUUGGUUUGCCGAUGAUGGACUUGAGAGUAGUUCGUCAGAGGAGCCUCCGGAAUCCGCUGAAGAUUCUGCGCCCGAUGAAUCUGAUGAAGAGGCUGAAGCUGAGCUACUGCAGGAGUUCAAGGUCCCCGGGGCAUUUGACUAUCCGCUUAUGAAGGCGCUCUAUUUGUCUGAAAAGAGAACUGCAUAAGUCAGGCCCUUCCACAUGAAAAUUUAUAGUGCCACAAGAGCUAAUAAAUUCGCGAUGCAUUGA